AGACCAGAGAAGGAACUCAAGGAUAUGCUAUCCAGGUGGACAGAACUGGGAGUGGAUGGGCCAGAUUUGGGCCAGAUCAGACCUGUUUAUGCACCCAAAGAUUUCUUGGAAGUGGUAAUCGGUCUUCAGAACUCAAACUGCCACACAACUGGAAGUGUUGGGACCUGCAACCUUCUCUGGGGAAUGAUUCAGGCGCCUCUGAGAGUCAAAUCACUUAAUGAACUGAGGCUACAGUACAGUGACAUGGCCAUUACCCAGUGCCAGACAGGGAUUGAUGACUUCCCUGAUAUCCCAGCAGAAUUAUUUGACACUGACAGAACCAAGCUAGGAAGAAAAGUAUUAGCAGCAAAUCAUGCCCCAGUGUCCAGAGAGUUUUCCAAAAAAGGAUGCCCUAUAUCAAUGAGAGCUGAACUGUGGUGCCAGAUUUUGGGGAUCGAACUAACCAGUGUGGAUAAUCUCUACUAUGAGCAGCUGAAAACCUAUGUAUUACAUCAUGAUUUGCUGGUGGAUAAUCUGCUGUAUAAGGAUGUGAAACUGACUGCCACAAAUGACGACCAGUAUUUUGUUUUUGAGGAUUUUCUUUACCAGGUGUUACUGCCCUUUUCCCGAGACACAGUUGUCCUGAAACAUUUUGUGCAGAACAGUGCCACACCACCCAAGUCUUACAUCAGGGGCAAGCUGGGUGUGGAGGAGUUUGCUGUUAUUUAUCCACCUAAUGGGGUCAUCCCAUUUCAUGGCUUUGCAAUGUAUGUUGCUCCACUAUGUUAUCUCUACAACGAUGUGGUCCAGCUGUACUAUGUGUUCAGACAUAUGUACAUGCACUUCUUCUACCAUCUGCACAGCAUCUCAUCUCACCCUCAGGGCAUAGUUUGUCUCAGUUUGCUGUUUGAGAGUUUGCUGCAAACUGAGGAACCUGAAUUGUUUUACCACCUGAAACAAGUUGGAUGUCAACCACUUAAAAUAGCUUUCAAGUGGUUGAUGCGAGCCUUUUCUGGUUUUCUGGCCAGUGAUCAAGUUCUGCUAUUGUGGGAUAGGAUAUUGGCUUAUGAUUCUUUAGAAAUUUUGUCAGUUCUUGCUGUUGCUAUAUUUUCAUUUAGAAAAAUGAACCUAAUGAAAGUACAGACAUUGAACGCUGCCGAGGCUGUUUUGGCUGACCUGUACACACUCCAGGUUCUACCACUGCUACAGCUGGCUCUGUUCUCCACAUGA